UUUGUUGGUCAAAGUUGCGUUUGCUAACACAACUGCAGAGAUUUUCUGUGCUGAUUUUAACUGUUCACAUAAAAUUUCUUGUCUAAUAUGCCUUCAGAGUAUGUUCAUCGUCAAGUGUUCCGGAUACAUAUAUUCCAAGUACAAAAGCAAAGCAUGACUGAUGCUACGACGCAGGCCGGCAGCUGGAAUCAAAUCUUCAAUGAGAUCGUUUCCCGGGAGGAUGUCCGACUAAGAGUAAUGCGAGAGCUGGUGAAUAACCCGCAGUCUGGGGCAGCUCCCUAUCUGGAGGAUCUUCGGGCCGAGAAUCUCAGCGCCGAAGAAUUUGAGCAGAGGGGCUUGGAACUGCUGGAAGAAGUGUCGCUCUCCAUUCUGACGGACCUAUACGUGCAGACGAUGCCGCUACAAUAACCUGUUCCAUACUUUUAAGGGAGCAGCUUCAGCCGCAGUACACCGCGCACUGCUCAUCAAUAUCUCUUUUCCAGUAUCGUCUAUCGUAUCUCCAUCUUUAUUUUCAAUACUCGAAAUAUUAGUAAAUUCUAUCGUUAUUGGUGUUCUUGUUAGGUAGUUAAAUGUUAAAUUUUUUACUUACUUUACUUGAUAUUGGGUCAUCUUGCCCCAUAUCUGAAGAUAGAUCAAAUUAAAAAAAAAGGUAUCGAACUUAAUGAAACAAGAACUGAUAUAGUACUCGUCCUUACAACGAUUACUAUUCUUAUCAAUCGAAUUUGACUAACGUUUAAUGAUAUAUCGUCACCGUUGUGGUAAUCUUAAGAAUCUGGCAAUUUUGUUGAUUUGAUAUUUUUAGAAACAACUAUUCCUUAUUGUAACACAUAAGGUACAGAAUUUUGAAAAUUCUAUCUCUGACCGUUAUCGAAAUGUAAUAAUACAUAUCUGCAUUAUUUUGUUGUUACGCUCAAAAUAAACAUGGAAUUGAUAUUAAGGGUUUAGCUGCGAUUUAUCAUGC